UUACAGUUCGUUGUUAUACAAUUUAAUAUACCUUUCUUUACAUAUAAAAUUAGAUAGAAAUGUUAAUUUAAAUCAAACGGUUUUAGAUGUAUUAUCAAAAAUAACCACUUGUACUUUGUACUUGAAUGAACUUAUGAGAUAUAUUUAAUCCCAGAAAGGUGGUGUGAUAUAAUAUUUAAAAUAUAUCAUGACUGCCACAAUUGUUUAUAAGUCUGGUCUGACAAAGACAGACCCCCAGUCCCAUCCAGUAUUAAUAUUGGGACAAUUGAAACACCUGCGCGCAUUAAAAUUCGAACAAGUCGCUUGCAAAUUGCAGCCACAUGUCACAUCCGAGACAUUUUCAACAGCUGUAUGCAGUUUGAACCCGUCCCCAACUGAUUCUUGUCCUUUAUAUUUAAAUUUGGCAACAAUUGCUGCUUUGCCAGUCAACUGUAGCCGUCAUAAUGCACCAUCUCGUGCUCAUGCACUUACAAAACUGAUUAAAAUUUCUAGUAUUCCUGUGACUGAAACAAUAGUGAUUGUAUGCACUCGAGAAGAUGCUUAUGCAAGUGGUUGUGCAGUAGCAAGGGCUUAUCCACUGUAUAAUAAUAAAUCAGGAAAAACUCGUGCUGAUUAUACAGUCAAUGUUGAAUUUUUAAUUGUAGAUUCUGAACCCUUAACUAAUGAAGAUAUUGAGUGUUUAAACUACACAGCCCAUGGGAUUCGUUUAACAGCAAAAAUUGUAGAUGCCCCUACAAACUUUAUGAAUGUUCACCACUUCUUAGAGGAAAUAAAUAGUGUUGGAAAAAGUUUGGGUAUAACACCAAUGGUCAUUCGAGGUGAAGAUUUGAAUUCAAAAGGUUUUGGAGGUAUUUAUGGAGUUGGUAAAGCUUCAACAUCUCCUCCAGCUUUAGCAGUUUUGUCUUACAAACAUCCUGAAGCUACAAAAACAGUAGCGUGGGUUGGCAAAGGUAUAACUUAUGACACCGGUGGCCUUAGCAUCAAAUCAAAAACAGGAAUGCCUGGUAUGAAACGUGAUUGUGGUGGAGCAGCUGCAAUUUUAGGAGGUUUUUAUGCUGCAGUAAAAAAUGGAUUCAAACAAAAUUUACAUGCAGUCUUCUGUUUGGCUGAAAAUUCUGUUGGUCCCAAUGCAACUAGGCCAGAUGAUGUUCAUACACUUUACUCUGGUCGUACUGUUGAAAUCAAUAAUACUGAUGCAGAAGGUCGCCUAGUUCUUGCAGAUGGAGUUGCCUAUGCUAACAAAGAUCUAAAAGCAGAUAUUAUACUUGACAUGGCAACUUUAACUGGAGCACAGGGUAUUGCUACUGGUGCUUACCAUGGUGCAGUGUUGACCAACAGCCAGGAAUGGGAAGUUGGGUGUGUUGCUGCAGGAAAAUCUUGUGCAGACUUAGUUUUUCCAAUACCCUUCACUCCUGAAUUACAUUUUAGCCAGUUUGAUUCUGUUAUAGCAGAUAUGAAAAAUUCAGUUGCCGAUAGAGAAAAUGCAUUAAGUUCCUGUGCUGGUCUUUUCAUAAUGGCUCAGUUAGGAUUCGAUUUUCCAGGUGUUUGGAUGCAUGUUGAUAUGGCUUAUCCAGUUAGCUGUGGUGAACGUGGAACAGGAUAUGGAGUGGCGUUCCUCUGCACUUUGUUUGGAAAAUAUUCAAAGUCCAAAAUGUUGCAAGCAAUUUCUCCAGAUGUAGAUGCAGCAUCUACAAAAUAAAAUGCAUUUUAUAUCAUUGUUAUUUUUUAACUAGACAUAAGUAUUACUUUUUUGUAUUAUUCU